AAAGCGCACACACAGGAAGCGCCGACGAGCGCGGGCUGGAUGGCGUGUGCGAUUUUUGAUUUCUUCCAGUAAGGAGCCAUGGAGUGAUCCCGCUGCAAAUGAAAGCUACGACGGAAGCGGUAGACGUCGAGGACGCUCGCCGGAUGAUAAUGAGCUUCUACCAUGAGCUCCUGGAAGUCACAACUUGUCCUUUUCCUCCUCCUCUUGUAAUCCAACUCCUCUCUGUAGACCUCCCUCCCUCCCGCUCUCCUUACUUGUGCACCGCAUGCUCACUAAGUUGGAGUCAGACGGUGCCACUCGCCUCAAUGGGAUAGCUGCCGGACGUAUUUUGGGGAUUUACUUAGCUACCAGGAACAUCGACUCCAAUCCAUAACCAGGGAGGCCAGACGUGGGCGACCAUGUUGGGUCAGAGUGUACGUCUCCAGCCCGUGGCCAUCCAGAAUUUGUCGGAAGUGGAGCGAGCCAGGCUCCAGCAAGUGGCCUUGUUCCACCUGGACCAAAGAGACCUGGACUUUAAGAUCAGCAUUCCCAGAGAAAUUCGCAAACGUCGAAAAUCCCUGCGCAGGAAGUUCGACUCGUUUUCCAAGGAAAAAAAAGAACGCGAAUCUGCCCCCAAGGCGUUCGGCAUCCCGCUCUCGCAGGUCAUCGCUAACGACCGGGCCUUCAAGCGACGUCAGGAUGCCGUGAAGGAGAGUCGGCGGGACUGCUUAGAGCUUGAGUCCAGCAUCCUGCGCUUCAGGGCGGAAAAGCGUCAGGUGCUUUCAGCGGGAGGGCAAAACUCCGUGGCCUUGGCCUCACCGCGCUCUGUUUUGGACACCGGCGGGCGAGGACAGAGAAGGGGUGGCCUUUCAGUGGACUCCAUCUCCGACCUGGUGGACAGUCAAUCCCGCUUGUUGGAGGCUCUGCAACUCUCCCAUCCAGCUGAGUUAGAGUUGAAGAAAGGCUCUUCAGAAGGCAGGAGCCAAAGCAAGCUUAGCCUCAACCCAGUCUACCGCCAGGUGCCUCGGGUUCUGGAGCGCUGCUGCGACCACAUCGAGGCCCACGGUCUUCAGACUGUGGGCAUCUUCAGAGUCGGGAGCUCCAAGAAGAGAGUGCGGCAGUUGAGGGACGACUUUGACGCAGGGGUUGAUGUUCAUUUGGACGAAGAGCAGAGUGUCCACGACGUGGCCGCCUUGCUCAAAGAGUUUUUGAGGGACAUGCCGGACCCUUUGCUCACCAGAGAGCUCUACCCCGCCUUCCUGCACGCCAACUUUCUCCGAGGAGCUGAGCAGAUCCAUUACCUGCAGCACCUUCUGUACCUGCUGCCUCCCUGCAACUGCGACACGCUGCUGCGACUCCUCACCUUCCUGCACACGGUCCAUAGCUUCGCCCAGGACAGCAUCGGGACCAAUGACGAGGAGAUCCCUGGAAACAAGAUGACGGCGGCCAAUCUGGCCGUCAUUUUCGGACCCAAUCUGCUCCAAAGGGAACGGGGAGGAGACGCCGGUCCGCAGGCCAUGGGGAUUGAAGACAGCACGGCUAUCAUUAGUGUCACUCUGGUGCUCAUGCAGAACUACAAGACACUGUUCACGGUGUCAGCGGAGCUGCAACAGGAAGUCCUUGUGAGUCUGAUCCAGAGCGACCCCGACAUCAUCGACUACCUGCUCCGCCGCAAAUUCAGCAGCAGUUCCGCUACGGCGGAGAGCGCCGGUGGAUCCGGGGGCCGUCGCGAUACGGGGGCUUCGCUGGACUCUGUCGGGGCCUCCACCGGGAGUCUGUCUCCCAUGGAGUCCCGCUCGUCUCUGGAAGGUGGCCUGAGCAGCGAGGUCUUCCUUAGCGUGCUCAAGAUGAACCAGAGCAGGAAGCGCCACAACCACAGAUACGGAGAAGUCCGGCUCGGCAAAUCGAUCGGCCACGUGCGACAGUUCCACUCCCACCAUAACUUGCUCAGUCUGACCCAGCCCACCUUGUGCUCCCUGUUCUCCACCUCCGGUCUGCACCCACCAUCGGAUGACUGCGAUGUUUGGGUAAGGCAGGCGGCACCCGAGGAAAGCAAGAGCAGCUUUUGGGACUUUUUCACGGGGAAAGGCUCAGGUUCUGAGACUUUGGUAUAAUGGUGAAGGGCAGUGUUCACAAUUGUCUAGGUUACGUACAUUCCAACAGCACUACACAAUGGCCGCCUCACUUUCCAGGGCACUCUUUUCUCUUCUUGAUCAAGGAAUCAUCAAAUGUACAUACUGUAAUGUACUUUAUUCUGUUUUUUGUACACAUUUUAGAGUUGCAUGACUUUCUUUCUGUUGUAUGAAAUAAAAGCCUCCACUGUAA